AUGUCGCGCAUCGAGAAGGGGACACAGCGAUUCCGGCCCACAGCUGUGGUACGAAGGUCAUCUCAACCGGAGGGUCAUGCUGAACCAUCUUCUUCGUCCUUAGCGUCACGAAGCACACAAACUACGGGGACGACAGCCACGCACGAGUCGUCAUCGUCGUCGUCGGUUCGUCCUGCUGCCGCUACGCGUAUUGUGCCUCGUGCCUCUAGCAGCGUCAGCACCAGCGUCUCCACCACUACGCCAUCUAGAAUUAGCGCUCCCAGUGUUUCUUCUGCGCGGAGUUAUGCGUUUGGUUCACAGCCGGCGACAAGCCGCACAGCGCAGCGAAUUACUACGCCCAGAGCUAUUGGAGUACCGCAGCGCGUGGCUCCUGCCGUGGACAAGGCAUCCUCAUCGCAGCCAAGUGAGAUGCUACCUCCUACCAUGUCUGCAUCUCAACCCCUCUCCUCUUUUACACCGUAUGAACGCUUCCUUCAUGCUGCUCAAGCAGAUCCACAGCAUAUUUUGCAUACAUCCGCUCCAACAGAUCCUAGUCUCAUUGCUGAAAUGGCAGCGGAGGCAUGGCAACUCAUGAGUGCUGAAGCCCGCGCCCUUUAUGGCGCGAUUCCUAUGCCUUCAUCAUCCGCUCCACCCGCUUUCCGCUCUCAACCACGUGCACAAAAGAAACGAACCAAGGCCAGUAUUUCUGAUGAUGAGGCUGAAUACAAUCGACAGUGUGCACAGCAGGAAGCUGGUACACCUGAUACUGACUUACCUCCUUUACGCGUCGAUAUCGGCACAACUACGAUGGAGUCCAUUGCUGUGGCCAACUGGAAAAGUGGACGAGCCAGCAGUCGAACAUUUGAACUGGAGCGAGUUCGUGCACGGCAACUCAAGAAGCGCCGUGAAGAGGCGAAUUCACAAGAAGAUCCUUCCAGUGAACAAAUCAAGCAAUCGGAUACCCCUGCGCCCUCUACGCCACGCGAGACGCCCGCUACUGAUCUGCCAGCCGGAGAGACUGAGCCCCAUUUCUCUGAGAACCGUUUUGCGGUGCAAACUCGUAUCGUUGAUGGCAAAAUUGUGCUAGAUGAACAGUCUCUUUUUGCAAACUAUCGUGAUGAUGAACAACAAGAACGUGAACAGCGUAAUUGGGAGGUCAUCGACGAACGCGAAGGCGACCAAUUCGUGAAUAGUGCAAGUCGCAGCAAGCAGCGACGAACGCAGCGUUGGUCAGCGGAAGAGACGGAACGGUUUUUCCAAGCGAUCUCCCAGUGGGGUACCGAUUUCGAGAUGAUCACACGGCUCUUUCCGAGACGCACGCGUCGUGAAAUUAAAGCGAAAUGGACGAAGGAGUCGCGACAAAACCCGCAGCGGCUAGACGAGGCGUUUCAUCGUCGCGUGGCCGUGGACCUGACUGCUUAUGGUCGAGCGGCUGGUGUGGACUUAAGUGGCCCACCGCCCACCAUUACACCACGACAAGAAGCCAAACCUGACGUGGAGGUAGUGGAUCAAGAAACUGUACAAUAG